UGGGGCGCGGGGGGGCCGGGCCGGUGACGCCGGACGCCCAUGGACGCCGCUGAGGAGCCGCAGCCGCCGGUGAUCUACACCAUGGAGAACAAGCCCAUCGUCACCUGUGCUGGCGAUCAGAAUUUGUUUACCUCUCUCUACCCAACGCUUUCCCAGCAGCUUCCGAGAGAGCCGAUGGAGUGGAGAAGGUCCUAUGGCCGGGCUCCCAAGAUGAUCCACCUGGAAUCCAACUUUGUUCAGUUCAAGGAGGAGCUGCUGCCCAAGGAGGGGAACAAGGCGCUGCUCACUUUCCCCUUCCUGCACAUUUACUGGACUGAGUGCUGCGAUACUGAAGUGUACAAGGCCACAGUAAAAGACGACCUCACCAAGUGGCAGAACAUCCUGAAAGCUCAUAGCUCUGUGGACUGGUUAAUAGUAGUUGUCGAAAAUGAUGCCAAGAAAAAAAACAAAACCAACAUCCUUCCCCGCACUUCGAUUGCGGACAAGAUGAGAAAUGACUUCUGUAACAAGCAGAGUGACAGGUGCGUGGUGCUCUCCGACCCCCUGAAGGACUCUUCCCGAACUCAGGAAUCCUGGAAUGCCUUCCUGACCAAGCUCAGGACGCUGCUGCUGCUGUCUUUUACCAAAAACCUAGGCAAGUUCGAGGACGACAUGAGGACCUUGCGGGAGAAGAGGACCGAGCCUGGCUGGAGCUUUUGUGAAUAUUUCAUGGUUCAGGAGGAGCUGGCCUUUGUGUUUGAGAUGCUGCAGCAGUUUGAGGACGCGCUGGUGCAGUACGAUGAGCUGGAUGCCCUGUUCUCCCAGUACGUCGUCAACUUCGGUGCCGGGGAUGGCGCCAACUGGCUGGCUUUCUUCUGCCAGCCGGUGAAGAGCUGGAACGGCCUGGUCCUGCGCAAGCCCAUAGACAUGGAGAAGCGGGAGCUGCUCCAGAGGCAGGAGGCCACCCUGCUGGACCUGCGCAGCUACCUCUUCUCUCGCCAGUGCACCCUGCUCCUCUUCCUGCAGAGGCCGUGGGAGGUGGCCCAGCGCGCCCUGGCGCUGCUGCACAGCUGUGUGCAGGAGCUGAAGCUGCUGGAGGUCUCCGUGCCACCCGGCGCCCUGGACUGCUGGGUGUUCCUGAGCUGUCUGGAAGUGCUGCAGAGGAUAGAAGGCUGCUGCGAUCGGGCGCAGAUGGACUCCAACAUUGCCCACACGGUGGGCUUGUGGAGCUACGCCACAGAGAAGCUGAAGUCCUUGGGCUAUCUGUGUGGACUCGUGUCGGAAAGAGGCCCGAAUUCCGAGGAUCUCAACCGAACAGUUGAUCUCCUGGCAGGCCUGGGAGCCGAGCGGCCUGAGACAGCCAACGCCGCCCAGAGUCCUUACAAGAAGCUCAAAGAAGCCUUGUCUUCGGUGGAAGCGUUUGAGAAGCACUACUUGGACCUGUCCCAUGCUGCCAUUGAGAUGUACACAAGCAUCGGGAGGAUUCGAUCUGCUAAGCUGGUUGGAAAAGACCUGGCAGAGUUUUACAUGAGAAAGCAGUCUCCACAAAAGGCAGAGGUGUACCUGCAAGGGGCACUGAGAACCUACCUGGCUGAGGGCUGGGCUCUGCCCAUCACGCACACGAGGAAGCAGCUCGCUGAGUGUCAGAAGCACCUGGGACAGGUGGAAAACUACCUUCAGACCAGCAGCCUCCUGGCCAGCGACUGCCACCUGACCGACGAGGAGCGGAGGCACUUCUGCCGGGAGAUACUCGGCUUCGCCGGCCAGCAGUCCGAUCCCCCAGGUCACAAAGUGGUGCUGCCCAUGCACUCCUUUGCACAACUGAGAGACCUCCAUUUUGACCCUUCCAACGCUGUGGUCCAUGUGGGCGGCGUCCUGUCCGUGGAGAUGACCUUGUGCAGUCAGAUGCCUGUGCCUGUCCACGUGGAGCAGAUCGCGCUCAGCGUCCACUUCAGCAUCGAGAAGAACAGCUACCGAAAGACUGCCGAGUGGCUCACCAAGCACAAGACGUCCAACGGCGUCAUCAGCUUCCCCGCCGAGGCCACGUCCCUCCCCGCGUCUCAGCACAGCCCGCCCGCCCUGGAGCUGCACGAGGUGUUCGAGAGGAGCCCGUCUGACAACGCCCUGCACACCGCCGGGAUCAUCUGCAGGAACGCGCACCUGCUGCUCCGGAGGCAGGAGAGCGGCUCUUCUCCGGACACGCCCGCGGGCCUCACCCUGGAGGACGGCGGGCACGUGCUGCGGUGCAGCGGGGUCACGCUGGAGCCGGGGCCCAACAGGAUCACCUUCCGGACCCAGGCCAGGGAGCCGGGAACGUACACGCUCAGGCAGCUGUGUGCCGUGCUGGGCCGCGUGUGGUUUGUCCUCCCGCACAUUUACCCGCUGGUGCAGUACGACGUGUACUCCCAGGAGCCCCAGCUGCACGUGGAGCCGCUGGCGGAUAGGCUUUUGGCUGGUAUUCCUCAGAAGGUCAAGUUCACUGUCACUACCGGCCACUACACGGUAAAGCAAGGGGACAGCCUCCAGCUCAGCAAUGUGGAGGCCAUGCUCAUCCUGGGCCAGGCGGAGAACAGAGCCGUGAUCUAUUCCAACUCGAGGGAAAAGUCUUGUGACGCGUGGCUGCGGAUCCAGUCCUCCGACAAGGUCACCAGCAUCAGCCUGCCUGCCGCCCCCGCCUACCAUGCCAUCGAGUUUGAGCUGGACGUCCUCUCCAUGCCCCCGGCUCCCACCACCACGGGGGAUGGUGAUACGCUGGGGACGUCAGAGCCCCACGAGAAGCACAGGGACAGGCAGAAGGCUGGCCUGCACAUGGACUCCACCGACCACAAGGUGUCCAUCGACUGCCCGUGGUCCAUCUACUCCACUGUCAUCGCACUGACGUUCAGUGUGCCCUUCAGGACCACACACGCCCUGCUGUCUGCUGGAACCCGGAAGUACAUUCAAGUGUGUGUGCAGAAUUUGUCAGAGCUGGACUUCCGGCUGUCAGACGGUGCCCUUGUCGAUACCGGUGCCGGCACCCACCUGCAGCUCGUGCCGCUGAACACGCAGUGCCAGCAGCGCAUCUACAGCAAGCAGUCGGUGUUCUUUGUCUGGGAGCUGAAGUGGGUGCAGGAGCCCCCCCCCUCUCUGCACUGCCGGUUCUCCGUUGGGUUUUCCCCGGCUUCUGAAGAACGGCUGUCUGUCUCCUUAAAGCCGUACACGUACGAAUUUCAAGUGGACAAUUUUUUUACGCUGUACACCGUGAGAGCUGAGAUAGCGCCCCCGGCGGGGAUGGAGCACUGUCGCACGGGCGCCCUGUGCUGCCUGGAGGUGUCCAUCACGCGGCUCUCGGGCCUCCUGGAGGUGGAUAAGGACGAGGCGCUGACCGAGUCCAACGAGUACUUUUCCACAAAGCUCAUGUAUGAAGUCGUCGACAACAGCAGCAACUGGGCGGUGUGUGGGAAGAGCUGCGGCGUCAUCUCCAUGCCAGUGGCCGCGCAGGCCACUCACAGAGUGCACAUGGAGGUGAUGCCCCUCUUCGCCGGCUACCUGCCGCUGCCCGACGUGCGGCUGUUCAAGUACCUCCCCCAUCACUCCGCACACUCCUCGCAGCUGGACGCCGACAGCUGGAUCGAGAACGACACCCUGUCCGUGGACAAGCACGUGGACGAGCAGCUGGACAGCAGCAGCGUCCAGAGGAGAGGCAGCGCGCACUCGGCCGCCGGCAGCGAGCACAGGGGCUUGCCUAUGCCCCGGCUCCAGGCGCUUCCCGCCGGCCAGGUCUUCAACGCCAGCAUGGGCACCCAGGUCCUGGUGGUCCCCAGCCAGGACGACCACGUGCUGGAAGUCAGUGUCACAUGACCGCACCUCGGGGAGCAGUGCGGGACUGACUGCGAGUGCACUUUAAGGGAUCGUGGCUGGACGGCUCCCGCUGGGACUUGGCGUGGAGACACUGCGGGUGGUCGGCGUGGUCCCAUUCUUGUUUCCGUGUUUGUGAUCCGAGGGCCCUGGGCUGGCGACCCACUACAGCGCUUGCUCAGAGCCUGGCUCCCUCCUCCUCACCUGUCCGUCUCUCCAUGAGGACCCUCCCCUGUGCUGGCUGUGUCUGGACAUCCGUCUGUCUCAGCGGACCUUGCGGUCUCCUUGGUGACCCGUGGCUGCCUCCUGGUCAGGCUGCUGCCCAGUUCCUGGACCAAGGUGGAUUCGUCCAUCUCUCAGAGGGUGGAAAGCGGCCUUUCCCUGUAUCAUCUCAUUGUGCCCCUUCCGGGGCGCGGGGUGGGGUGGGGGUGGGGAGGGGACAGAAGCCCUCUGUGCCUUGGGAUGGAGCCGGGCAGACCUGAGGCGCGGCUUGGAAGAGACCAGACCAGGGCGCGAGAACCACUUGGCGGUGAGAGUUAGGGAGAGAUGCUUCCGGUACCCGUGUCCCCCAUGAUGUUGAUUGGAGAGCAUAUGCACUUGGAAUUAAAUAUAUAUUUAUUUUAAUGAUCACACGUGUGGGGUUAUUAAUACUCUGUUUGCUUUUCUCUCACGUCAAGUCUUUGCUUGUAAUCACCGCUGUGUGAGCCGUGUUUCUCCUGUACCGUGAGUCCCAGGACUGGAGCAGCUCCCUGGGGUCCGGCGGCUGUGCAGGGGCGAGGAGCAGCCUCGGCCGCUCAGUCCCGGGCUCACAGCGCACCUGGCUGAAUGUGACUGUAUACACGGGCGAUGGGUUAUUUUUAAAAGUACGGACGACUGUAAUGUGUAAGUUGCACCAAAAAUCAAGGCCAGUCGGCGCACGUGUGCACAGGCAUGAGCGCUGCGGCCUGUGAGCCACGGUGCGUGCAGCCUCUGCCAGCGCUCCAGAGCGCGUGUUCUUGUUCAGACGUGUAGAACUCUUCCUCCGUGCGAAGCCGGCUUGGAACUGAACUGGACAGGACCUGCGGAGGGGACUGGGAGGGCGGGGCCGAGGAGCUCUGCUCAAUAAAAGAGGUGUGACCCCCCCAUGUCUCUU